CACAAGCACACAUGCUGUCUGGACAUAUGAGAAACCUGGACAACUUCACCAGCAUUCAACAAGAACUUUUGAAGAAAAUUGCUUAACUUUCUUUCACUUUGAUUCAUUGACGUUUUCCUCAUUGUACCACAUUGCAUCUACUAGCAACACUAUAGCAAGAAAGCAAAACAGGGCAACACUAUCAAAUAAAGAUGACACAGAAAAAGGUUAUCCCAACAGUCCAAACUGUUGAAGGAAACAUGCCUCCAAGUUAUGACGAAGCCAAUGCAGGAUGUCCAGGUUAUUACUAUGGUGAAGGAACAUUUUCCUGGGAUGACAAGAAUAUCAGGCGAAUAUUUAUAAGAAAGGUUUAUUCAAUUCUGAUGCUGCAGCUCUUUGCAACAGUAGCAGUUAUUACCCUCUUCACUUUCUAUGCUCCAGUGAGGAUGUACAUUCAGACACAUCCCAUUUUGUACUCAAUGUCCAAUCUUCUGUUUCUUGUCACUUAUAUCUCUUUGGCUUGCUGUGGUGAUUUGAGGAGGCAGUUUCCAUGGAAUCUCAUUCUACUUACAGUCUUUACUUUGAGCAUGGCUUGCAUGUUAGGUUUUAUCUCCAGUUUCUACAACACCAAGUCUGUUGUGCUGUGCAUUGGUAUCACUGCCACAGUGUGUCUGUGCGUCACCUUAUUCAGCUUUCAGAGCAAGAUUGACAUCACCUCCUUUCAAGGUCUUCUCUUCACUCUGUGUAUGGUCAUGUUUUUCUGUGCUAUUGUCAUGGGAUUUGUUGUUCCCUUUGGAUAUGUUCCUUGGUUACAUGCUGUCUAUGCCAGCAUAGGAGCUAUUGUCUUUACCAUGUUUCUAGCCUUUGAUACGCAGCUGCUAAUGGGAAACAAGCAAUACACCAUGAGUCCUGAAGAAUAUAUCUUCGCAACUCUAAGUCUCUACCUGGAUAUUGUGUACUUGUUUACAUUCCUGUUGCAAAUGUUUGGUAAUGGUAGAGAAUGAGACAGUUUUGGUAGUCAUGUACAAUAUUAAGAGCUUAUGUUUCAAACUGUUCUGCAACCUCAAAUUUGUUUAGGACAGUAUGUGGCCUUUUAUGUGUUUUAACGGUUGAGGAAACAUCAAAACUUGAAAAAAAAAUCUCAGGUAACUUGAACAAAAAUGUGCUUCAUGUGGUAACAUCUAAUUUAACCAACAAAAGAUCUUUUAAUGUCAGGUCAGGUAGAAAGGUAACAACUACAUAUUUUCACUUUGAACAGUGUGAGAAAUAAGCUGUAGAAAUAAGAUAUAAGAACAAGAGCAGUGUGAUUAAGACCAUGUAGGCAAGACCACAUAAAGCAAAUAACUAAAUACCCAAUUGGGAAUUUAAUAAUUAAUAAAAUAUGAUGAAAUAAAAAUAAACAUUUAUAAUCUAAUGUAGAACACACAAGAGGAUUGUAUUUUAAAGCAUUACCUUUAGAAACCUUAAAAAAAAAAAAAAAAAAAAAAAUUAACAAAUGUAUUUAUAUUGUUCCUAUGUGUUUAUUGUCCCAUUCAUCCAGCUGGUUGUUGGUUCAGAAAGAUUAUGUAUUUAAAUUGAAGUACUGACUUUGUAUUUACUGGUAUUAGAGUUUAUAUUAAUCUCUAUUAUUUUCAUACCAAUUAUUUGUUUAUGCAGUUUUUAUUCAAACAUAAAAUGUGUAAUGAAUUUAAAAUAAUUGAAGAUAACAAUUUUCUGUGACUUAUAAACAGUUCAUUCAAUAUCAUUGUUAUUUUCUAUGUAACAGUUAUCUUUUGUAUUACAUUGUAGUAUGUAAACACAGUGUUGUAUAAAGUAUCCAAUGGUCAUAAUUAAGGUAAAAGUAAAGAUACCUUCAUGGAAAUUGACUCAAGUAAAAGUUAAAGUAGCUCAUCAGAAAAAUACUUAAGUACAAUUAUUAAAGUAACUGAUUUAAAAUUUACUUAAGUAUCAAAAGUACAAGUAAAUCACAUAAAUUACGGAAAAGCUAAUUAUACCCAUGGCAACUUAUUUGAUUGGCAGUGCGGGAGUUUAUAUUAGAAGGAAUUAACUGAAGAACUGCUCUGACCAAUCAGUUAGCAAGUAAAUGUACUACUCUUCUGCUGCAAAAUAACAAAGAGAAUAAAAUUAUCUUAUCAUUUACUCACCCUCAUGCCAUUCCAGAUGUGUAUGACUUUCUUUCUUGAACGCAGUUUAGCCUAAACCACAACAUACUGUAACUGAAAUAGUGUACCAUAUCAACCACCCAGAACACCCUAGUAACAACAUACUGUAUAGCAUAAAUGUGCUAAAAAUCAAAGAGAACACUUUAGCAUCCACCCAGAACACUCAAUUUAAUCAAAUAAGUAUUGUUAGAAAUGUUCAUGAGCACUGGUAAUUAUUUAUACACACAUCGUGUCAUACCUUGGUACUAUAUAAAAAGUAGCCUAAACACAUCUGAUCGACUAGCACAUAACUUCAUCAUUAUUUCACAGAUUUCAUAAUGUUUCAGCCAAAAUGUGUCAAAUUAAUUCCCCCCCACCCCCCCCCAAAAAAAGAUUUAAACUUACAUGAGCAGUUUCUUUUCUUCCCCAGUGGAGACGGAACACACGUUAUCUGGCGCGUGCUUCGCUUGUGAUUUUGACUUAGAUUCAUGAUUCGUGAAACGAAUCAUUCAGACUGCUUUUUCAAUCUUUUUGAUUGGUUCUAAUGUAUCAAAUGUAAAAGAUUCGACUCAGUUCUAUCAUGAAUCAGAUAUCACUAUCGCCGAUCUGCAUGCAAUUUACACGUACAGCUAUUUAAUUUUUUGCGGUCGGUUGCAAAAGAACCGAAAGGGUCUGGAGAAUUUUAUCGGAGUUAAAGUAUUAAUUUUCUCUUCAAAAUAUAGUGAAGUGAAAGUAAAAGUCCAAAGAAAAAUUAUACUCAAAGUACAAGUAUUAAAAAACUGAACUUAAGUACAGUAACGAAGUAUUUGUACUUCGUUACUAUACACCUCUGUGUAAAUGUCUACAUUGAUUAUCCUUUAUUUGAUAGUUUUUAAUGAAGGUUGAUGCACUUCUGAUACCUGAUGUAAAUACUGUACUACUUACAUUUGUGUCAUGUAAUGCAGGUGGUUAAAAUAAAUAAAAUCAUGCCUGU